AUGAUCGUCUUCAUUUACGGGCUACCGGCACAAAUUGCUCUACCUCAACAUAACGUUGACAGAAUCCAGUAUACAAAUGUCAAUUCUGAAGAACUCGAUAGCGUCUUGGAGGGUGACAUGCUUAUACCCGGUUUCAAGUCAAAAAGCCAACUUCGUGGUGCAGCCAUUCUCACUCAUAACAAAUGGCCAAAUGGAGUUAUUCCCUAUGAUAUAUCAGCUAUCACAGACUCCAAAGAUCGUGAUAGUAUUAUAAGGGCCAUGGAAAAGCUUAUGUACGAUACUGGCACACCGUCACCUACCCCUCAGGACCCGACAUGGCGCCUUUAUGAUUGUGUCUACUUUCGUCCACGUACAUCGGCGGAUAGGACUUUCGUCACCAUCGAAUACGGAACUGGAUGUUGGGCCAAUAUCGGUUAUUACCAAAACUACAGAUUGAAAAUGUUAUUGCAGAAAGGCGGUUGCUUUGACAGUGGCACCAUUCAACAUGAAUUGAUACAUGUUUUAGGAUUUCACCAUGAACACAAUCGAGCGGAUCGUGAUGAUCAUAUAAUCAUUAAUCUGGAUAACGUGAAUGAAGCUGAGAAAUACAAUUUCGAAAAACGACGACAGGAAGAUUUGACCGAUCUGUAUACCAAAUAUGAUUACGAUUCCAUUAUGCAUUAUAGUCAAACAGCUUUUUCCAAGAAUGGCAGACCAACAAUGGUCCCUAAAAAAUCGGGUGUUCAAAUUGGUCACAGUAAAAACCUCAGUCCAAUUGACAUCGAAGAAAUUCGUCGAUUCUAUGGAUGCAGAGUAUAG